AUGAGUUCGUACUACGACGUCGAUGCAAUCCUUACAGAUGCCCAGAAGGUACCCUGUACCUUUGAGCUUACCGUUCCUGGUCUCGGCUAUCUCGAGGGUAACAUGAACGGCGACAUGAAGCAAGGCUCAAAGGUCGAACUCCCCUUGUGGCUAGGCGAGAUGCUUGCACUGAGCCAGAGUCUAAACACUUCCUCUCUUGUCACCAUCGAUCCUCCCUCGGCCCUCUCUCCACGCGUCUUGAACGCACUCAAAGCUGACCCACGUACCGUCGAUCUGCGUGCCUUGGCUCCGCACUUUUAUAAUCUCGGAGCACGUAUUCUCGAGCUAUUCGAGGAGGAAGAAAUAAUCGAGGUACUGAGCGAUACCUUCAAGGCCAGGGCUGCUUUAAUAGCUGAUCAAGCCCAUAACCCACGGGGUGCAUUGGGCGAAGGUGCCGACUUUAUGCGGGGCCUAGAUGAGAACGAACGGCAGCUGUUCCGUGCGGCACACGACAGCGCAAAAGGCGUGCGCACCUGGAUGACAGAUCUGAAGAAGAAAUGA